AUGUGGUACUUGGCUGAAGGAAAUCUAUCUAUCUAUCUAUCUAUCUAUCUAUCUACCGAUCGAUCGAUCAAUCUGCCUUUCUCUUUCCAUCAGUCUAUAUAUUUCUCUCUCCAUUAUCUAUCUAUCUAUCUAUCUAUCUAUCUAUCUAUCUAUCUACCGAUAGAUCGAUCAAUCUGCCUUUCUGUUGAUAGCUAUCUCUUUCCAUCAGUCUAUAUAUUUCUCUGUCCAUCUCUAUCUGCCUAUCAAUUUAUAUGUCCAUUCCUACCUACCUACCUACCUACCUACCUAUCUAUCUAUCUAUCUAUCUAUCUAUCUAUCUAUUACAGUAUUAAUAUCUAUCUAUCGAUCUAUCUAUCUAUCUAUCUAUCUAUCUAUCUAUCUAUCUAUCUAUCUAUCUAUCUAUCUCAUCCUCUUCCGACGGCUUUUUCCUGUGAAAUUUCUUUUCUCUUUAGCAAUUAUUUAUGUUUUUUUUUCCUCCAUUUUCACGGUUUUCUUUCCCUUCUCAUUUUCCUCUUUAUUUGCGCUUCCCUCGAUCUUAUUUCUUGCGGCUAUUUUUUCUUUUUCUUCCUUUUCUUCAUCUGUUUUCCUUCUUUCUUUCCUUCUUUUUACAUUUAUAAGUUUCUUUCUUCGUCGUUUUUUCUUAUUAUUCUCUAUAUUUUUCAUUCCUUCAUAUUUAUCUUUCUCCUCUUUUUCACGUUCGUUUAUAUUUCUUCUCCUUUACAUUCGUUCACAUUCUUUCGUCUCUCUUUCUUUACAUUCAGUCAUAUUUCUUCUUCUCUCCUUCUUUACAUUCGUCCACAUUAUUUUUCUCCUUUUCCUCCUCUUUCGUUCUUUUCUUCUUUACAUUCAUUUACAUGUCUCCUUCCUCUUUUUCUUCUUCUUCUUUUUACUUUUCUUCUUUGGAUUCAUUCAUAUUUAUCCUUCUUUUUCCAAUUGUUAACUUUUCUUUUUCUUCUUUUUACAUUUAUAUCUUUCUUUCUUCAUCGUUUCCUUUUUCUUAUUAUUCUUUAUAUUUUUAAUUCCUGCUUAUUUCUUCUUAUUUCAUUCUUUCUUAUUUCUUCUUUGCUUUUUUUGACAUUCGCUCAUUUUUCUUCUUUUUUUCUUUACAUUCUUUUCUUUUCCUCUUUAUAUUCGUUCAUAUUUCUUCUUCGUUGUCGUCCUCUUUUUUCCUUUCUUUUUUUUUACCUUCGUUUACAUUCAUUUACACAUCUUCUUUUCUUUACAUUCGUUCAUCUUUCUUCUUCUUCUUCUUCUUCUUCUUUCUUUCUUUUUUCUUUCUUCUUUACGUUCGUUAACAUUUCUUUUUUUCUCCCUCUUUUUUCAUUACAUUCGUCCACAUUUCUCCUUUUUCGUCUGCUUGAUCUUCAUCAAUGA